UAUUAAAUAAAGUAUUAUCUGUCUGUUAACAAUUAAAUACCUAUAUGCAUUUUCAUUUUAUGUUUAAGGCUCUCAUUGUCUUAAUGAUUAUUAAGGCCUGUGUAGCAAUCGUCAAAAGAAGCCCAGGAUAUGUGGGAGGAGGAGUACCAGUUCAGACUGUGGAAUUUAACAAUCAAGUUCCUAUUCUAACCCCAGUACACGUAGCACAUCCAGUUGGGGUACCUUAUCCUGUGCCUGUUCCUGAUCCUGUGCCAGUCCAUGUUCCAGUUGAGGUGCCUAUAAUUAAAACAGUACAGAUCCCUAUUGAGAAGCCAGUUCCUUAUGAAAUAGUGAAACCAUAUACCGUAGAAGUAAUCCAAAAAGUUCCUAUUCCCAUUCCCAAGCCUUAUCCAGUUCCUGUGAAGAUUGUCAAAGUAAAACAUCACUUCAAAGAAAUCAUCACACCUCAUCACUCAUGGUAAAUUGAUAUAGAGAACUCGCUCAUCUUGUGGAUAUUUAUAAUCUCUUGAUCAUUCAAACCCUGUGAUUUUCAUGAAUCUUCUCAGAAUCCUGUGAUUCUCAUACACAUUCAAAUGUAUUGUAUAUAUCCUAGUCUUUAUUAACUCGAAAAACACAAAUUUUCAUUGAUAACAUAAUGAAUUACUAUCAUUAAAUCUGUAUUAUAUUUUCCAUGAUACUUGUACAGAGUUUAUUGUUUUGUUAUUUUCAUAAUAAGCCAGUCGUAUUUUAUGAAAACGAAUUUAUAAUCUUAAAAAUAAUCUAUACAUAGUUGAAAGUUGUUCAAUGAUUUAUUUGUAUAUCUAUAGUAGUUCACCAAAGUCUUGUUUUUAUUUUUUUAAUUGAAAUUUGUUCCUUGGAUAUAAUACUUAAGUAUGGAUUACAUGAUAAUAAAAUUUAUAAUUUAAUGGAAAUAUAUCUUUAUUGAUACUAGAAUAUAUUUACCAAAUGUAUUAUUAGGAUUAAAACUUGUAUAUCAGUGUA